GCCUCCACUCUCCAGCCGGCCGCCCGCCCGCCGCCGCCUCCGUGCGCCCGCCCAGCCUCGCCCGUGCCGCCACCAUGAGCCAGGCCUACUCGUCCAGCCAGCGCGUGUCCUCCUACCGCCGCACCUUCGGCGGCGCCCCGGGCUUCUCGCUCGGCUCCCCGCUCAGCUCACCCGUGUUCCCACGCACGGGCUUUGGCACCAAGGGCUCCUCGAGCUCGGUGACGUCGCGCGUGUACCAGGUGUCGCGCACGUCGGGCGGGGCUGGGGGCCUGGGGUCGCUGCGGGCCAGCCGGCUGGGGACCACGCGGACACCCUCCUAUGGCGCGGGCGAGCUGCUGGACUUCUCGCUGGCCGACGCCGUGAACCAGGAGUUCCUGGCCACGCGCACCAACGAGAAGGUGGAGCUGCAGGAGCUCAAUGACCGCUUCGCCAACUACAUCGAGAAGGUGCGCUUCCUGGAGCAGCAGAACGCGGCGCUCGCCGCCGAGGUGAACCGGCUCAAGGGCCGCGAGCCCACGCGCGUCGCGGAGCUGUACGAGGAGGAGCUGCGCGAGCUGCGGCGCCAGGUGGAGGUGCUCACCAACCAGCGAGCCCGCGUCGACGUCGAGCGCGACAACCUCAUCGACGACCUGCAGCGGCUCAAGGCCAAGCUGCAGGAGGAGAUCCAACUGAAAGAAGAGGCAGAGAAUAACCUGGCUGCCUUCCGAGCGGAUGUGGACGCAGCCACACUAGCUCGCAUUGACCUGGAGCGCAGAAUCGAAUCUCUCAACGAGGAGAUCGCAUUCCUUAAGAAAGUGCACGAAGAGGAGAUCCGGGAGUUGCAAGCCCAACUUCAGGAACAGCAGGUCCAGGUGGAGAUGGACAUGUCCAAGCCGGACCUCACAGCUGCCCUCAGGGACAUCCGGGCUCAGUAUGAGAGCAUUGCGGCUAAGAACAUUUCUGAAGCCGAGGAGUGGUACAAGUCCAAGGUGUCUGACCUGACCCAGGCUGCCAACAAGAACAACGAUGCCCUGCGCCAGGCCAAGCAGGAGAUGAUGGAAUACCGACACCAGAUCCAGUCCUACACCUGCGAGAUUGAUGCCCUCAAGGGCACUAACGAUUCCCUGAUGCGGCAGAUGCGGGAGCUGGAAGACCGCUUUGCCAGCGAGGCCAGCGGCUACCAGGACAACAUUGCGCGCCUGGAGGAGGAGAUCCGGCACCUCAAGGACGAGAUGGCCCGCCACCUGCGCGAGUACCAGGACCUGCUCAAUGUGAAGAUGGCCCUGGACGUGGAGAUUGCUACCUACCGGAAGCUGCUGGAGGGCGAGGAAAGCCGGAUCAACCUCCCCAUCCAGACCUACUCUGCUCUCAACUUCCGAGAAACCAGCCCAGAGCAGAGGGGCUCUGAGGUCCAUACCAAAAAGACUGUGAUGAUCAAGACCAUCGAGACCCGGGAUGGAGAGGUCGUCAGCGAGGCCACACAGCAGCAACACGAGGUGCUGUAAAGCCAGAGCCGCUCCGAGACCGUCCUCGCCCCUGUCCUCACUGCCUCCCAAAGCCAGCCUCCUUCUACCCUGGGACACCGCCCCCCAGCUGCCUCCCCUUCACAGCCCCUGCCCCCUCCUCACUGACCAGCCCUCGUGGUCCCCACAGGGGACAUGGCCUGGACCUGCCCAGCCACAGGGCACAUCCCAGACGCUGCCGUGAGUCCUGGCUGUUGGAAGUGGGUGAACGUGGCUCUCGAGCCAAGUGGAGCCCAGGCCCGGGCCUGUGACCUUGCCAUUCCCGCCUCCUAACCUUGGGCUCGAUGUUGGGACCCAACAGGGUCAGAGUGGAGCCCAGGAGACCUCUCCAUCCAUUAGCCUGGAUCACAGCAAGGGACAGCCUUGUGAGCAAGCUGGGCAGGUAGCAGGGUGGCCCCUGUGGAUCCUGGGGGGCUGGAGACCAUCACUGUUGUCCCUUCCUUUCCUUUCCCCAGCUCAGGGAGGGCUCAGAAAGCAAGGGCUGCAAGAAGGAACCCCCGAAGGUGCCGUGUGUGGGAGCAGGAGAUUCCGAAGGAGAGAGGGUGGGUGAGAUGCUGGAGAGGACAGAGGCAGAGCGUGGUCUCAGGCUGGCGUCUGGGGUGCCCACCUCCCCAAGCCCGCCCCUCUCGCGCAGGGCUCUGGACAGAAACAAUAAAGACGUAAGCACAAGCCUUGCCUGUCUUAACUGCCGGCUCGCCCUGGGGGUCCCUGGGGCCCCGUCACAUCGCCCUGAGAUGGAGUGGGCCCUGCCCCUGUGCAGCCAGCAACAUGGGGGCAAGGAGGGCUGGCCCAGGGGCUUUAGCUGGAGAACCACAAGUGCUUCCUCUUAGUCCCCAGCUCCUAGAUGGCACCUUUCUGCCCGCUCCGCGUCUUCAGGUCAGCAGGGGCACCUGCUGCUGUCCUUUCCAAAGGACUUGGUGGCUCCCACAGACAGCUCCCGAAGGAGACCCCGCAGUCCCCUCCUCAAAGGAACCUGGGUUCUUUCCAUGAACCCCUCCAAAGACCUCUGAUGCACAGGGGCUACAUCUGGAAAAAUAGCAAAGUGCGGAAAGGGGAAGAUCUGUGCAUGGCUAAGGAGACGCGACCCUCUACAAAUCCCAGUUCCCCUGACAGCCCUCUCCCGUUUCAAGGCAAUCUCGAGUACAGCGCCAUAGGGAAAUUUGGGGAGAAUGGAGGGAGGGGGAGGGGAGCGUGGGACAGCCCAGAAGAAAUUAGGAAAUCUCGGAGGGAAACAUGAAAAUACAUUAGGAGGCUUGAUAAUUAAAGCGGAUUUGUUCAGGAA